AUGCUAUGCAACGAUGAUCCUGGAGACCCAACGAACGAGCUCUUGGCGACCAGGGCGAAUCUGAACGAUAAAAUCAUGGGACUGUCUUUUAGUCCAAAGUCGCAGGCUACUAGCCUGGCUGUUCCAGAGCACCCACAGUCGGACUCGCAGGCUUCUAUCAUUCGUGAUGGCGAUCUUGCCUACGUACGUCAAACAGCUGGGAAUGGCGCCUCAGGAUAUCAAGAGGCUGUCGGUGCUCCUGUCGAGACACGAUCGCCGUUAGGAUACCACGUCAACUGGCUGACUAUCAUCUUCCUGAACCUCAAUCACAUGGUCGGCACCGGCAUCUUUUCCACGCCAGCUACCAUCCUACGCCUCACGGGCUCAGUCGGUCUAGCCCUUGUCUACUGGGUCAUUGGAUUCCUCUUGGCUGUCGCAGGACUCGCUGUCCACAUGGAGUUCACCAGUUACUUCCCCAACCGCAGCGGGUCCGAGGUUGUGUGGCUUGAGCAGGGCUUCCCCCGACCCAAGCACCUUUUCCCUGUCGCCUUCGCUGUCCAAUCUGUACUGCUGUCUUUCAGCAGCAGCAACGCAAUUGUCCUAUCCAACUACCUCUGGCGUAUUGUUGGCCGAGAUCCUGGUCCCUGGGAACUCAAGGGCGUUGCUAUUGCAGCUUACACGCUAGCCGUCAUUACUCUUCUUCUGCUACUAUUCAUCUCCAUCUCCGGACUUGUCAUCCUUGGAGGCCAUUUCGGCCGGAUUGAGAAUCCGGGCAUCAACUUUCGCCAUGGCUUUCAAGGCUCUACGUCGAGCGGUUACAGUCUAUCUCAAGCCAUGGUCAACAUCACAUUUGCCUUCUCAGGUUGGCAAAACGCUUUUAGCAUGGCCAAUGAAAUCAAGAAUCCCAUCCCCACCUUGAAAAAGAAUGCCACCGCUUCCUUGCUCAUUGUCUUCUCUCUAUACUUCCUCUGCAACGUCGCCUAUUUUGCCGCAGUCCCGAAGGACAUCUUUCUAGAGUCGAAAGAGCUGGCCGCUGCCGUUUUCUUUCGUACGGCCUUUGGAUCAUCCGCUGAAUCUGCCCUAAACUUUUGUGUCCUCCUGAGCUCCUUUGGUAACCUUCUCGCUGUGCUUAUUAGUCAGUCCCGUCAAAUUCGCGAGAUUGCACGUCAAGGCGUCCUUCCAUGGACGGAAUUCUGGGUCUCAACUAAACCUUUUGGCACUCCCAUCGGCCCAUAUCUCCUCAAAUGGGGCUUCACCUUUCUGAUGAUCGUCGCUCCCCCAGCAGGUGACGCCUUUCAGUUCGUUGUCUCUCUCAAGACGUACCCAGACGCUAUUUUUCACGCUGCCAUGGGCGUUGGUCUUCUACUAAUCCGUCGCCGCCGUUCUCGAUCGGGUACUCCCAGAUCCGACUUCCGGGCAUGGUGGGCUCUUGUUAUACUGUACCUCCUGGCCCAGGCCUUUCUGCUCGUCAUGCCCUGGAUUCCACCAGAGGGCGGCAUUUAUGCCGGAACAGUUAGCUUCCUAUGGUGUACCUACAUGAUUGUCGGAAUUGGAAUCAUGGCCGUUUGCGGUAUCUACUAUUACGUUUGGAUGAAGGUUCUCCCGCGCUGGGGUAACUACAGCAUUCGAUCCCAAGUGAUUUCUGUCGACGACAAUGGCGCAAACACGCAUCGCCUUUUGCGGGUGCCUAAUUCUGAGGUGGAUCAGUGGGAUGCUACCCAUGACGAUCUUGGUCGCGAUUUACCACUUCAACAGGUAAUCAGUAGCAACAAUAGUAGCUCUGAGAAGUAG